AAUCGUUCACGUAAAUAUAUACAUACGUUCAUUUCGGUUCAUUUCUUGACUGCACUCAACUCCUCUGGUCAGCAGAAAUUCCCGUUACGUGGCUCGUCUCUCCAGCUACUGUAAUUAAUGCUGAAAAAUUAUUAAAAUAGGCAACCGUAAUCACCGUAAUUAGUGUGUCACUCUCAACAAUGCGCGGAGUUAUGUUUCUUGCUUUUUGUAUCCUUUUUCUAAUUAACAUUUGCGAUGGGGAGAAUAAAUACUCUAAGGAGGCUAAUGUGCCAAAAAGUGACUUCGUAGGACUUCCUGGCUCUUUGAGGGAGCUCGACAAGCCUUUUCGAAUGGCCAAAUUAAAUUUAUUAUGGAUAAAAGCUAAACACCGUUUAACCGAUCCCAAGCUACAGUCGAUCUUCAGCGAUCUUAAAAUUCACGAUAAAGAGGAACUUGCAUUCAAACAUGCUAAGGCCGAUGGAAAAGAUCCUGACGGUCUCAUGGAAGCAAGAAUGAGGAGGAAACUGAUCGGAAUUAUGAGUACAUACGGUUUGUUAGAACAUUUUGGAGAAAUGGAUAAUCCCGAGUUGCUGAAAAGGCAUAAAGCUCUUAACGAUGGAAGCAAUUAUGUGGCCAAAGAUGUCUUCAAAGACAAGAGAUUAAAUAAACUUUGGGCAAAGGCAGAAAUGGCUGGAUUUACACAUGAGGAGCUGGAAGCUUUGAAGGAAGAAUUUAAUCAUCACCAGCAGAAGGUGGAUGAAUACAUGAGUCUGCUGAGUGAUGUAGAAGCUGGAGAUACAGAUAACGAUGAAAAUAGUAUUCAUUUGAAACCAGAGAGUUGGAACAUGUUAGAAGAAGCAGAAGAAACCAAUGAAAUUCCUGGAAAAAAAGUGGAUUUUGUAGCAAAGGCAAAUCUACUCAGGGAAAAAAAUAUCGAAGUUAAGAGUGGAUUCGAUCACCUGGAUAGAAUGACUGCAAAAGGUCCAAAUCACAAAGAAUUUGUGGAACCGAAAGUUCAGGGACUAUGGAGAAUAGCAACUGCAGCUAAUUUUUCUGUGGAUGAACUUGCAUCAUUGAAAGAGGAGCUGCAACACUACGAGUCUAGAUUACUGAAGCUUCGACAUCUCCAUACAGAAGCAGCGUUAGAAGCCGUUAGGAAAGGAAAAUCUUACGACAUGGAUAACUCAACAGCUCAACAGCAUAUAAAAAAACACGCAAGAACAGUGGAAAAACUUCACAUGACCAUCGAGUCGAAGAUCAUGGAGAGACAUGUGGAGCUGUAACCGUUAACUUACUCCACAUAAUUCUAAUUACGCAAAAUGUAUACAAAACUUAACAUUUACUAAUUUCAAGAGAAAGAUCAAAUUUUAACUUUUUAUGUUUUCCAUGUUAUCAUUAAAUGCAUUUAACCAAAAAA